AGCGUAAUCCGUCAUCGAAAGACCAAGUGGAGCCACUGUCAAUUUUGACAUCCGAUACCUCAGCACCGCGUUUUCGAGUCGCCCGACACCACUGUCGCUCGUGAACUCUCGAGUUCUGAUUCGCCGCCAGUCCAAGGGCCGGCCGAGAAACAAACACCAAAGCGAUCGAUACAGGAUAGCGGCAAGAUGGGCAAUACCACCAGCGCGGUGCUGGACAAUAUCGUCCAGGGGUCGAACUUCGACAGGGAUGAAGUCGAUAGACUACGAAAGCGUUUUAUGAAGCUGGAUAAGGACAACUCCGGUACCAUCGAGCGCGAAGAGUUCUUGAGCCUCCCUCAAAUAUCGUCGAACCCACUGGCUACGAGAAUGAUUGCGAUUUUUGACGAGGACGGCGGUGGGGACGUCGACUUCCAAGAGUUCGUGUCCGGACUGAGCGCCUUCAGCAGCAAGGGCAACAAGGAGCAGAAGCUCCGGUUCGCCUUCAAGGUGUACGACAUCGACCGGGACGGCUACAUCAGCAACGGCGAGCUGUUCAUUGUUCUCAAGAUGAUGGUGGGCAACAACCUUAAGGACCAGCAGUUGCAACAAAUCGUCGACAAGACCAUCAUGGAAGCGGACCUGGACGGUGAUGGGAAGAUCAGCUUCGAAGAGUUUGCAUCCAUUGUUGCUAACACCGACGUGAGCAUGAGCAUGACACUGGACCAAUUCUGAGCGAUGCGAGUUUCAAGGAACUGUCACGACGUGAUGAAGAUACAAAUGACCUAGCCAGCACGUUAAUCAAAGCGCGUUAUAUAGCGGCAUCCUAAUGAGACAUGUGCCGGUGACCUGUUGCCCAGCGAGUUGUGCUUUGGAGCCGAUCCAAGAUGAACAACCAGACUGCUGUUCCGUUAUGGCUGCUUUUUCCAUCAUUCGUUGCGCAUUUGUAAGGCCGGUCGAUGAGGAUAUUCCGGUUUCUCCUCUCGUCUUCUUGUCUGCUUUCCUUCCCCUCCUUAUGAUCUCAACUCAGUUUGCUUCAGGGCUGUGAGCGCUGGGGGUGUGGGCAAGAGAAAUUGUAGAGAUAUAAGUGGGCUUGAAAAUUGGCGUAGCUCCCCUUCAUGCAUCAUAGGCUGCAACAAUAACACCUCCAUAUCCUCUCUCUCCUUCAAAGCUCACCACGAGGACGACAAC